CGACCUGGUGUUAUCGCGAGAUUAUCCUUCAUUCGCUUCCGGUCGGCUAUUUGUAUAUGAGACGAAGGGGAACAUUUUGUUGGUCAUAUAAGCAGUGGGUUAGAAAUAUAUAUCUAAAAACUCGACUUGUUAUUUGAAAACUACACAUCAAGAUGUCAGAAGAUUUGGUGAAGCAGCUAAGCAGCUACAAAGCACAGCUGCAACAAGUAGAAGUCGCUUUGUCUACAGACGAAGACAACGAAGACCUCCGCAAACUACAGAAAGAUUUACAGGAAGUCAUAGAUUUGACAAAAGACCUCCUGUCCUCACAGCCUGCUGAUAGUGCGUCCACUAUUCAAGGUUCAGACAAAGUCCCUGUGAAGCAUGGCUGGAAAGUGGGUGAUGGUUGUAUGGCUGUGUGGAGUCAUGAUGGACAGGUAUAUGAGGCUGAGAUUGAGGAGAUAGACCAUGAAAAUGGAACAGCGGCAGUCACCUUCUCUGGAUAUGGGAAUGCUGAAGUGAUUCCUCUGCAGAACCUUAAAGCAGUUGAAGAGGGGAAGCGUUCUGAGAAGGAAGGGGGCAUAAAGCCCAAAUCAAAAAAAGAGCAGGUAGCAGAGCAGAGAGAGUAUAAAAAGAAGAAAGCCCAAAAGAAGGUACAGAGGAUGAAGGAGUUGGAGCAGGAGAGAGAGGAGCAAAAGUCAAAGUGGCAGCAGUUCAACAACAAGGCCUACUCAAAGAACAAGAAAGGACAGGUCAAGAGGAGCAUAUUUGCAUCCCCAGAAAGCGUAAAUGGAAAGGUGGGAGUGGGAACAUGUGGUAUUGCAGACAAGCCAAUGACCCAGUACAAUGACACAUCAAAAUACAAUGUCAGACAUCUAAUGCCACAAUGACCUAAUAUAUUCUGUACAUAUUAAUUCACUGUAUACCGGCUGUAUCAGUGCUUUCCUUUAUGUUUAUACAAGAUUUAAGUUUCAAGUAAAGAAAGCUUUGAAAGAAAUUGCUUGCACACAAUUGUUAAAGAUAUUGAUGUAGUUUUCUUAUAUAUAAAGUCUAGGUACAACAAAUUAAUCAAAGUAGAAGGGAUUUCCCUGCAUUACAAGGUCAAAUGCUAUAACAGAACAGAAAAUGGUGUUUUACUAAAGCUGUAAGAGCUGCAGUUUGUGUCCAUGUGACCAAAUACCAGAUAAGAUGUGUAGAGACACACCCUUGUAAAUUUGAGGCUUGAUUUUAAACACUGUCCCGUUCUUGGUUUGUCUUCACAUCAGUAUUUGUAUUGGUUUGAGAUGGCUGAAUUUACAUUUAUUGCUGUACAUAUAACAGUGAAAUAAACAUUGUUUGUGUUUUCCCA